AUGACCUUGGACCUUCCUCGUUAUAAUGAACGAGAGGUCUCUAGACAACUUGCACAAUUUCUUUCAAACCCAGUUUCAAUAUGCCAGAAGUAUGAACCAAGUAAAUGGGAGAAAUGCAAAAAGGUUGAGAAUUUUAUCUCAAUAACAUCUAGAGUUUUCAUGGUCAUUAUUUUCUUGUCAUGCACAAUUUCAUUGUUAACUUCAAUCCCAUACGAAAUUGCGAAUAGAGUGACAGCGUUAGAUGAAUUUCAUGAAAAUAUUCGUGAACAGUGCAUUAGGGACUAUAUGGAAAAUCAGUGCAAUACAACGCAAGUUCCUGACUUGAUUGCAUACUGCCAGCAAAAAUGGAAUUGUAUUCACGAACCUUUUGUUUCUUCUACACACUGCGGAAUAUUCCAAUAUAUUUUAGAUAUUCGUAACGCGUUCUUUAGCCAACUUACAGUAAGAUCAUCCGCUCUCCUCGGUAUGACCCUCGCCUUUUUCAUAUUUUUCAGCUUAAAGCGUACAAACUUGUUAUAG